AUGAUAACACCCUACUUCCUCGAGAAUUUCUGGGGUGAAAAAAAUAAUGGCUUUGACGUGCUGUACCAUAACAUGAAACAUGGCCAAAUAUCGUCCAAGGAGCUCACAGACUUCAUUAGAGAGAGGAGCACUAUUGAGGAAGCGUACGCACGAUCAAUGACCAAACUUGCUAAAUCUGCAGGCAACUUCUCUCAACUCGGGACUUUUGCUCCAGUCUGGGAUGUAUUCAAAACCUCAACAGACAAAUUGGCUACUUGUCAUAUGGAGCUAGUACGAAAACUUCAGGAACUAAUAAAAGAAGUCCAGAAAUAUGUGGAGGAGCAGGCCAAAGCACACAAAAAGACGAAAGAAGAGGUUGCACCUACUUUAGAAGCUGUUCAGAAUAUCCAGAGCAUGUCUCAGGCUCUGCAGAAGUCCAAGGAGAUCUACAAUGCCAAAACUCUGGAUCAGGAACGGCUUCGUAAAGAGGGGGCCACCCAGAGAGACGUGGACAAGGCAGGUGUCAAAGCCAAAAAAGCGACCGAAUCCUACAGGUCGUAUAUUGAGAAAUAUGCCACUGCAAAGUCAGAAUUUGAGCAGAGGAUGGCAGAAACUGCACAGAAAUUCCAGGACAUUGAAGAAAACCACGUCCUCCAGAUGAAGGAGAUCAUUCAUUCUUAUUCUCAGUCAGUUGAAGAAACGCAUGCACUUUUAGGCGAGGUCCAAAAUGAAUUUGUGAGAAACAUUGAGAACACAUCAGUGGAAAGUUUAAUACAGAAACUAGUGGAAACUAAAGGAACAGGCAAAGAUCGACCAGGGCCUAUUGAGUUUGAGGAGUGCAAUAUAGCCAUCGCUACAGAAGGCGCAAAACCCAGAAAGAGAAAACCUUUUGGCAUUCCAGGAAGGAGGAAAGACAAGGACACCGACUCUACAGAGUCGACAGAAGUUGAAGCUACUAACACUGCCAAUGGCGCUCCUCCAGGAUUCUAUGGAGCCAUAGACAUCCAGAAUGCAAACGUCCCCCAAGUCGAUGCAGAGGGUUUCUGCAUUAGACCAGAAGAAAACGAAAACAAUGCCAAAGAAAACUCAUUCUACUCGUCCAGCGAUUCGGAGGACGAGGACGAACCACGUAAGUUUCACGUGGAAAUCAAACCGGUCCAGCCCAACAACGGGACACACCAGAGCCGUGCCACGAUAGACGAGCUGAAGGCCUCCAUCGGCAACAUCAUCCUGUCGCCGUCCGUCUCGGGUCAGAUGCGGAGGAACCAGUCCAGUGAUGAACUUACAAAAACCAAAGGGCCAGCAUCAUAUGAUCUGACGAACAACGACCUGUUGUCUCUGGAUCCGUUCAGGCCAAAUGUUGCUGCUGCCUCCUCUUCCUCCUCCACAACAGAUCUGUCUUCUCUUUCCUACCCAAACCCUCCAUCUCCAGCUUUUAUGGUAAAUGAGUGUGACGAUGUGUUUCUCCCAGAGGCUCCAGCGGACCCCACGCCACGCUACAAGUGCUCUCCUCCGUUGGCACGACUCCAACCGUCCAAAGAAGCCUCGUCCUUUGCCUCACCGUGGGUAUCGGCAAGAGACCCUUCAACGGCCCUCAAACCUGCACCAGCCAGAGCCCGCAGUGCCCCCAUCACCCUGCCCACCGACCUGGCCGCCCAGAGCCCACCCGACAGCCCCCCAAAGAGCGUGGACGCAUUCUCCACCGUGAGCUGGUCCCAAAGCCAGUGGAUCGCCUUCAACGACAGUUUUGCUCCCGGUCGACACCAGAGCUCCGGGCCCUCGGUGAAGGAGCCACAGCUGCCCUGCUCCAGCCUACGCAGAUCGAGCUGCUUCUUGUCAGACGGGUCAUCGGAUGGGAAAGCGGCGCCCGGUCGAGAGGAAUGCCCCGACCGCUUUGCCGAUGUCUUCUGUGCAGAUAAAGCGGCGGCGGCUUCUUCAAACGUUGUGUUUAAUGUGCCUCCCCCCAACAGACCCACCACGCCUCUGACGGCCGGAGCCCUGAUGCCUCCUCCCCGGCCCUCCUCCAGACCCAAGCUCCCAACGGGAAAACUCACAGGCAUCAACGAGAUCGUAAGCACCUCGCGUGGUCCCAGCCCUGUGACCUUGGGCUCCCAAGACGCUUUGCCCAUUGCUGUUGCCUUCACUGAAACGGUUAAUGCUUACUUCAAAGGAGCUGAUCCGUCCAAGUGUAUUGUGAAGAUUACUGGAGACAUGACGCUUUCAUUCCCCAUGGGCAUCAUCAAAGUGUUCACCUCCAACCCGUCACCAGCCGUUCUCACCUUCCGCCUCCGAAACACCAGCCGACUGGAGCAGAUCCUCCCCAACCAGCAGCUGCUUCACAGUGAUCCGUCUCAAAGUGAGUCCGAUUGUAAGGACUACUGUUUCAACGUUCAAGCGCUCAUGUCCUACCUCAGGAAAGUGUCGGAGCAAAACCCCUCAGCUUCUUACUUCAAUGUUGACAUAUUGAAAUACCAGGUGCUCACAGACGGGAUCCUCUCCACGCCUCUGAACCUGGCGGUGUAUUGGAAAUGCACAGCGAGCACCACAGACCUGCGGCUGGACUACCGCUACAACCCGGACUCCAUGGCCUCGCCGGGACCCCUGACCAACGUCCAGAUCCUAGUGCCUGUGGACGGAGGGGUGACCAGCAUGCAGUCUCUCCCCAACUCUGUCUGGAAUUCGGAGCAGAACAAGUGUCUGUGGAAGCUGAGCGACAUCUCAGACAAAGGUGACAAUGAGGGUUCUGGUUCUAUCAGAGCCAAGUUUGAGCUCUCCAACGGGCCGUCCACGCCCUCCACUCUUGCCGUGCAGUUUAUGAACGAGGGCAGCACUCUGUCGGGGGUAGACAUGGAGCUGCUCGGCCCCGGAUACAGACUCUCGCUCAAUAAGAAGAGAUUUGCUACAGGCCGGUACAUGGCAGAUUGCUGA